UCCUUUCUCCCAUUCACUCUAUAAAUACCCCAAACCCUAACCCUAAUCCAAACCCAAAGCCAACGCCUUAGCCGAUUCAGAGACAUGGCCCUUUUUUGCCGAGCAGGAAAAAUGAUGUGGCCGGAGUUGUUGGGAGCCAGAGGUGAAGAGGCGAGGUCAAGGAUAGAAAAGGAGAAUCCAUAUGUGGAUGCAGCCAUAGUUCGAGAAGGGAGGGUGGUGACUUUGGACCUCAGGUGCGAUAGGGUUAGGAUUUGGGUUAACGAAGAUGGGAUUGUCACUCGAGUUCCGUUCGUUGGCUGACUCAACUCAAAUCAUCCAUAAAUAAAUAUAACUCAUGUAUCAUGUAACGCUAAUACAUAUUACUACCUAUAAAUAAAGUUUGUUAAUAAAAUAUUGUAUAA